ACUAACCUGGCAAACAUUGACGCCUAGCCCUUGGCCACGACACAGUGCAUGUGGAAGUAUUUCUGGCUUAGUCGGGUUAAUAUGUUAAAAAAAUAAUUAUUAUAAAGAGUGUGGUCUAGACCUGCUCUAUAUGAAAAGCGUCCUUAUGAUUUGGCGCUAUAUCAAUAAAACUGAAUUAAGUGAUUAAAGCCGGGCCGCUGGAGUCCACUGAGACCCAGUUGGACCGUGGCUAAUGGACAUUAGCAUACCUUACACAGACCUUAGGGGAAAAGUCAAAACACUGUUUUUCCACUUGUCGUCCAGCCGCGGCGGGCUGUGUCUUCAAAUGUGUUUUUGUGAACCGGCACAUGUCUACUUUCUUCCCCGGAAAGCAGACCUGUGUGUGGCAUAAACACAUUUCAGGAUACAGCUCGCUUCUGGUGGGGAAACAAAACAAAACAAAAAAACAACGUACGGAUAUUUUUCCUCCGAGAUUUGCGGAGGGGACCGAAUCCCGUGGUGUCGAUGGCUCAGAUGGGGUCAUCGGGGCCUCGUUCGGGACUGAGUUGUCUAGUCUGUCCAUUGAUGACCAGGAGGACACUCAGUUUCCUUACGCCAUGAGGGAUCUCCCUCCCAUCUCUCAGUAUGGUGAACAGCAGCAGGCACCAGGUCACCAGGCACCAGCCAACCCUGAGGCAGAGGGAACUGGGACAGCAACCAACGGGAGACAUCCCAGCCUUCCCAGGACUCUUCCUCUGCCCCGUCCCAUCCCCUGCCACCCUGCUGGAUCUCCGACAGUCCCUCACAGACCAAAUUGUGUGGGGCUGGACGCAGAGUUUCAGCCCCUGCCGCUGAGGAGGCAGCUCGUCUCUCAGGUGUCUCUGGACUCUCCGCUCAGCCCGGCCUCCCGUCCACGCAGUCCAUGGGGACGCUUUGACCCCUAUGACUCUCCAGAGGAUCAGGAGAAGGAGUAUGUGGGUUUUGCCACGUUGCCCAACCAGGUUCAUAGAAAAACAGUGAAGAAAGGUUUCACAUUUACAGUCAUGGUGGCAGGAGAGUCUGGCCUCGGUAAAUCCACACUAAUCAACAGUUUGUUCCUCACGGACCUCUACAAAGACAGGAAGGUUCCUAAUGCAGAGGAACGGAUCAAUCAAACAGUCGACAUCGUCAGACACACCAUUGGCAUUGAGGAGAAAGGAAUCAAACUGAGACUCACCAUCAUAGACACGCCAGGGUUCGGCGACGCCGUCAACAACACAGAAAGCUGGAAGCAAAUAGAAGACUACAUUGACCAGCAGUUUGAACAGUACUUCAGAGAUGAGAGCGGGCUGAACAGAAGGAACAUCCAGGACAACAGAGUUCAUUGCUGCCUCUACUUCAUCCCCCCAUUUGGCCACGGUCUUCGACCUCUGGAUGUGGAGUGCAUGAAGGCCUUGCAUGAAAAAGUCAACAUAGUUCCUGUAUUGGCCAAAGCUGACAGCCUGACACAAGCAGAGGUCUGCAGAAAGAAGAUGAAGAUCAGAGAGGAGAUCAAGCAGUUUGGCAUCAACAUCUACCAGUUUCCUGAGUGUGAUUCAGACGAGGACGAAGACUUUAAGAAGCAGGACCAGAUCCUGAAGGACAGCAUCCCAUUUGCAGUAAUUGGGAGUAAUGUUCAAGUGGAGGGUAAAGGUCGCAAGUUCAGGGGUCGUGCCUAUCCCUGGGGUGUGGUGGAAGUGGAGAACCCGGCUCACUCUGACUUCCUGCUGCUGAGAAACAUGCUGGUGAGGACGCACAUGCAGGAUCUGAAGGACAUGACGCGUGAGACGCACUACGAAAACUACAGAGCACAGUGCAUCCAGAACAUGACACGCAUGGUGGUGCAGGAGAGGAAACGCAGUUUGCGUGAGAAGUAUCGAGAGAGGAGCGAGGCAGAUUUUCCUCUGCCGCUGGCCGUCGUUGACACCGAGAAGGAAAGACUCAUCUUUGAGAAAGACGAAGAGCUGAGGCGGAUGCAGGAGGUGCUGGAGAGAAUUCAGGAGCAGAUGCAGCACAGCCAGAGAGGGGGCUACUGAUUUUUCCCAUAAUUCCCCAGGGGAGGAGUCAAACAAGAAGCACCCAGGAACACACAGGAGGCCCUGUUUAUGAAAUCUGAUGUCAAAACAGUUGGAAUUUAUAUGAAAAGGAAAUCAGGACUAUUGCAUUCAGGUUCUUGUCUGAUUGCAACUCACCAGAACAACUUAACAGUGAGCCAGGCUGGAACCAUGGUUCUCCGAAGAUACGUGUAAACGUUUCUGUGGGUCUACGCAGAGAAGGGUGUUAUGAAUAAUUACAGGUUGCCCAGGCCUGCAGAGGAGCCAACAUUUCCAAAUCCCAACAACGUGUCUUGCAGACCUGGGCCCUGUUCUUUAAAUGUGGUUUAAAUAAUUCCGGCUAACAUCGGGCUAAAAUAAUCCUGUUAAUUCUCAUCCAGCUAGUCUGGUUCUUUAAACGCAGUUUGCGGGUUGAUUAGUUGUUAUCAUGGAUGAAGCUGUCUUGCACUCACACUUUCAUAUGAAUGGAUGAGUGCAUAUACAUGAGGUAGUUGUGUUGGGAAGCCUCCCAGCAUGCACUGGUGCAAUAGAUUCAUGGACAGAAGACUAAUUUUAUGUGUGUUCCUGCAUUGUUGUCCUCAAAGUUAUGUUUCAACGCUGGUCAGACUACGAGCAAUGUUGGUGCAUGAACGGUGAGGUUCUCCCCAAUGGACAUGCAUGAGACUUGUAAGUGAUGAUCAUAAACCUGCCAUGAAAAUGAAACUUUACCAAAAUCGCUUAAAAAGCUGCGUCAAGUGCGUAAACUAUUUUCAGCAAAGUGACUUUUGCAGUUUACCUUUUAAUAAGUUUUAGUGUAUUCAAAUGACAGAUUCACAUUUUAACAUCACCUUAAAUUUUAUAUUUUCUAACUCCAUUUGUCUUUUAAUAGUUUUAAUUUUUCUAGUUGAGUUCAUGUCUUUUUGCUCUCAGUAUCUUAAAACCUGGACUGACUCUUUUUUUAGUGUGCAAGGUUUUAUUUUGUUUUAUAUUUUAUCAUGUAUAAGUAUAGGUACUUUGUGAUAAUUACACCACCAGAUCAUAAAGAUUUCUAAAUGACCUGCAUGUUCUCACCUGGAAUCAUAAUUAUAUCAACAUUCUUUCAAUAUAUCUCUAAGAAAGUGAGUUAUUUGUAACUGAAAAUUAGAUGUUGUAUGGGAUUAACUGUAAAAUUCAUGGUCACGAUCCUGCUAAAUGUCAUUAAAGCUGCCCUUUCUUGGGUUUGGACUCAAGGACUUGUUGCUCAGGCAACAAUUCCAGAUAAAUUUUAAACCAGCUUUGGACAACCCAAAAAAAAAAACCAAAAAAAAAUCCAGACUCGUGUCAAAUCAUCAACAAUCUAAUCUGGAUAACGCAGUCACCCAUGUACAACGAAGGGGAGCAAGCCGACUGGCUGAUCCAACUCCUGUCAGAAGGCCGAUGUGUGAACUUUACAGUCAAACUCUUGACAGGUAUAGCGAACGGCUGCACAAGCUCCCGUACGCGCGUUUUCUUACCCGCAGCCAGGAGAAGCAUGGUCCAGCCUUAAGCAGUCGCAGGGUCCGUGUUGUGGUCGACAGCACUUUUGGAGGUCACACUGGCUCACCGCUGGAUGGAGUCUGUGAUCUUCAGGUAUGAGUCGCUCCAUCUGAAGAAAGAGGUGUUGUGCUGCCACAAUGUAUUAGUUUUGUUCGGUUUGUUUUAGUAAUGUGUCGUAGUGUGGCUCUUUAAUUAGUAAUGUGACACUGCCAUCUAGUGGUCACUGUAGUGAUGUUGGGCUUUAAAUAAGUAAACUACAUUUUUCACGUUUUAUUACUUGUGAUUGAUCUGUUUUUUUUGUUUGUUUGUUUUUUAAAUCUUUAAGUCUGCUGUUUUGUAAGGACAAGAACGUCAAUAAAUAAAAAUAAAAA